AUGAAGUUUUCUCUGGUACUCAGAAGUUCAGCCAUUGCUUUACAGCUGAUAGUUUCAGUAUCAGCUGUAGUGGUAAACCCGUUGCCUGCUCCACGAAACAUUACCUGGGGUAAUUCGGGAUCAAUCGAGAUCUCUCCGAGUUUAAGCCUAAACUUAGGAAAUGCCAGCGAGAUUGUAUCCCAGGCAUUUGAAAGGACUUGGGAAAGAGUGGUUGACUUAAAGUGGUACCCUGCGGCAAUAGAACAGCCACUAGCUAGCUAUGUCACCACCCCGUAUAGGAAAAGAGAUGUGUCAGGUGUUGUGGUAAGCAGAAUAAAUAUUGAUAUAGAGGAUGUAGAUAUACCUUUGCAAUUAGGUGUUGAUGAAUCUUACAAGCUAGAUGUUGAAUCUGGUUCAGGCGAGAUAUCCAUUGCAUCCGCUACUACUUGGGGUGCAUUACAUGCGUUGACUACGUUCCAACAGCUAAUUAUCUAUCAGAAUGGAUCAUUUAUUCUCGAAGAGCCGGUUUCUAUAUGGGAUGCCCCAUUAUACCCACAUAGAGGUAUAAUGAUUGAUAGUGGCAGAAAUUUUUUGCAGAAGAAGAAAAUUUUAGAGCAAAUUGAAGCAAUGAGUCUUUGUAAAUUAAAUUCGUUGCACUGGCACAUUGAUGACUCUCAAUCUUGGCCAAUUGAAAUUAUAAAAUAUCCCGAAAUGACCGAAGAUGCUUACUCUGCAAGGGAAGUGUAUACUCAGCAGGAUAUAAAGGAUGUUGUAGCUUAUGGGAAAGUUAGAGGAGUUAGAAUUAUUCCUGAAAUUGAUAUGCCAGGCCAUUCAAGGGCUGGUUGGCAGAAGGUCAACCCUGAAAUUGUGUCAUGUGCAGAUAUAUUUUGGACUGAGAGUGCUGUAGAACCAGCACCAGGCCAAUUAAAUCCCGUAAACAACGACACCUAUAAGAUAGUUCAAGAUGUUUACGACGAAUUAAGUGCCCUUUUCGAUGAUAAUAUUUUCCAUGUUGGAGCUGAUGAAUUACAAGAAACAUGCUACAAUUUCUCAACGCUGGUCAGGGAAUGGUAUGCUGAAGAUGAAAGUAGAACGAUCAGUGAUUUACUUCAACUUUGGGUAGACAAAACUGAACCAAUAUUCAUGAAUACCCCAGAUAGAAGAUUAACAAUGUGGGAAGAUGUAGUGAUGACUACCCAUGCUCGUAAUGUUUCCAAGAAUGUGAUUUUGCAAUCUUGGGAUGUUGCUUCCAAUGUUAAGAACUUAACAUCACAAGGGUAUGAUGUCAUUGUAUCUUCGUAUCUACAUUUUUACCUAGACUGUGGAUUCAGCGGAUUUGUGACUAAUGAUCCUAGGUAUAUUGAUGUUCCUGCCAAUGAUGAUUUCAAUGAAAACAAUGCUGGUAGCUGGUGUGGCCCAUACAAGUCUUGGCAACGUAUAUAUGAUUACGACUUCACUCAAAACCUCACCGAAACGGAAAAGUCUCAUGUUCUUGGGGCUGAAGUUUGCUUGUGGUCAGAACAAGUAGAUAGUGCAGUGAUUACUCAAAAAAUUUGGCCAAGGACUGCAGCACUCGCUGAAUCCACCUGGAGUGGUAACAAGAAUGCUGAAGGUUACUUCAGGACAAACUUUGUAUCACAACGUAUUUUCAAUUUUAGAGAGUACCUUGUUGCAAUUGGCAUUGAUGCAAGUCCAUUAGUUCCAAAGUUUUGUUUGCAAAAUCCACAUGCUUGUGACUUGUAUCAAAACCAAACCAUUCUAUUUGAAUACGAUGCUUAG